AUGAUAGGAGACACGAUGACGCUCUUGUCUCUUCUGGGUCGGAUCAUGCGCUAUUUUCUCCUCAGGCCGGAGACGUUGUUCCUGCUAUGCAUCAGCCUGGCGCUAUGGAGCUACUUCUUCCACACGGACGAAGUGAAGACCAUAGUCAAGUCGAGCCGCGACGCCGUGAAGAUGGUGAAGGGCAAAGUAGCCGAAAUGAUGCACAACGACCGCCUGGGAGGCCUCAGCGUGCUAGACGCAGAGUUCUCCAAGACCUGGGAGUUCAAGAGCGACAAUGUGGCCGUGUACUCCAUACAAGGCAGAAGGGACCACAUGGAGGACCGCUUCGAGGUGCUCACUGACAUCGCCAACAAAAGUCACCCGUCCAUCUUUGGCAUCUUUGACGGGCACGGUGGGGAGGCCGCAGCAGACUACGUAAAAGCCCACCUGCCCGAAGCCUUGAGGCAGCAGUUGCAGGCAUUGGAGCGAGAGAGAAAGGAGAGCUCCUCGUCGUACGCCGGCGUUCUGGAGCAGCGCAUUCUGACUGUAGACAGAGAGAUGCUGGACAAGCUAUCUGCCAACCACGAUGAAGCAGGAACCACAUGUCUCGUGGCACUGCUGUCAGACAGAGAGCUGACCGUGGCCAACGUUGGCGACUCCCGCGGCGUCCUAUGCGACAAAGACGGAAAUGCCAUUGCGUUGUCCCACGACCACAAACCUUAUCAGCUCAAAGAGCGCAAGAGAAUCAAGAGGGCGGGAGGCUUCAUCAGUUUCAACGGUUCCUGGCGAGUCCAGGGAAUUCUGGCUAUGUCCCGCUCCCUCGGCGACUACCCGUUAAAGAACCUGAACGUAGUCAUCCCCGAUCCAGACAUCAUGACGUUCGACCUGGACAAACUUCAGCCCGAGUUCAUGAUCCUGGCGUCAGACGGCCUGUGGGACGCCUUCAGCAAUGAGGAGGCGGUACGGUUCGUCCGCGAGCGCUUGGACGAGCCCCACUUUGGUGCCAAAAGCAUCGUCCUGCAGUCCUUCUACCGUGGUUGCCCAGACAAUAUUACUGUCAUGGUGGUCAAAUUCAAAAGUGGGGCAGCGAGUAGUAGUAAGGUAGGGGACUAG